ACAUACGUGGCAAUGUCAUUUCUCUCUCAAAAAAUCUUCAGUAAAUGUCGAAGAAUGGCUGAAGUUAAGAUUGUCGUCUUAAUAAUCGUAUGGUGGAUUGCAAGCACUCUUACAUUUGAGUUUUCCAAAGAUGAAAUUUCAAUUACCGAGCAAUCAUUUGGCGACAUAAAAUGGCUCGACUUAACUUGCUUGCAAUUAAUUGUUGGUUGUUUAGGGUCAGCAAUUUUAUUAUUUCUUCUUAAGCGAAGAUUAUUUGGUUUAAAGAUCAUUCAGAGUUAUAACAGUUUGGUGGCUGUCGCUACUAAUGUUAUCGGCCAUCUUUUAGUCAAUGUUUCAUAUGCAUUUGAAAGCUCAAGCGUGACUCAGGGUCACGAAUUUCUUCAUGAAGUCCUGGAAAAAUUCUCUUUGGAUUACAGCGCAACAAUGAACCUUCGAGAAGUGAAUCUUAUGUCAAAGGUUUGGUACGAGUGGCAAAGGAAAUCGAAGACAAGAAAUGCUGUUACAGUGAAAAAUAAGAAUUACUUUCGUUUAUUAACGGCCGAACUAUUAAAUAGUGAACAAAAUCUUUAUGAAGUGAUCGAAGAAACGACUGCUGUUAUAAGAAUAGCAUAUCAUGAUGAAUGUGUGGAGAAAUGGAACAAAGGUGAAGUGGUGUUGAGAAAAAAUUCUUUAUGUAAAAGUAUUUAUAAAGAGCACUGUUUGACAUUCAGUCAACUGUUGUAGAACAUUGUACACAACUGGUACACAUGUUGAGUAGAUCAUGUCUUACUUAUUUUUCAAUAGUGUAGUAAGUGUACGUCAUAAAAUGUGUAACAGUAUGUAAGGAACAAGAACGUAUCUUUAGCAUUGUAAGUUCAAUGUAAUUAAAGGAUUUUUGAAAGCGUGUGAAAAAGAGCCCAUAUGUGAAGAUCCUAUGGAAGGGUCUGAGACAAAACUUACAUAUCUUAAAUAAUUUAAAAUACACUUUUUGCUACAAGUUUGAGCAUUAGAAAACAAA